CUGUGCCUCAGACAAGGUAUGAAUCAGAAGGAAGAAAGGGAACUGAAGAGCAAAGGACUAGUACGCGACUGAGCAAAGAAAAAGAGGUUUAGAAUGAGAUCGUCAGAGGCACAGUCAUGGGUGUGAGCGAAAAGGGUAAUGUUCCAUACAUGUAAUAUUGCAUCGACCUACAUGGCAGGGUGGGCAUCAUCACUGAUUCCCUUCGCCAUCGUAUGGUGCUCACGGGCGCUCACCACAAUGGAUACCCGCGAUGGGCAGAAAGUCUAUCGAGAUGACCACAUUGACCGAGGAGGGAGUGCAUGGCUCGACGCCGCAAAAUCGCCGCGCCCUCCAUGGCGAUGCCCAGAACCACGAGCGAAAACAGCAAGAGGCUUGCAUGCGGCGCAGAAUCUGCUUGCCGGAAAUGGGAGAUCCUUGCGUGCUUUCGCCGAGUGCUGUGAUGAGAUGUGGGCAAACCGAGGACGACGAGAGCGGAAAAGGCUGACGUUUGGAAUCGGGGGUGUGCGUGCUCGAGGACCCUGGGAUGGAUGGGCGGCCUGAAUGGAAUCGCUCGCAUUUUUGCGAUGGGAUGGCGGCUUCGAGGUGCAGAAGUGGCAGGGCGAACGCAUCGAAUCUUCACUAGACCGGCCAACGCGCAUGAAGCUACGAGGCCCGUUGUAUGGCAAAAAUGUGACGAGAAAUUCUAAAAGCGUCU